AUGGACGUCACCAAGCUGGAGGGCUGCGCUCGCCUUGUGCGCACGGCUGGCCUCGAGCCCAACGUGCUGCAGCGGCGAGCCUGGGCGCUAUGCCUCGCUGGAAAAGACGUUCUGAUCGUCGCACCCACCGGCAGCGGAAAGACGCUCGCUGCCGUGGCGCCGCUGCCUUCGCUGCUCGCCGGCUCGUCCGCUGCUACGACGCCAGAGACCUCGGACGGGUCGGUGCGGGCGGUCUUUCUGGUGCCGACGCGUGAGCUUGCGGCGCAAGUCGCGAGGGCGUGUGCGCCGCUGGCGACGGAGGGCGUGGCGGUCGCGGCAGUGCACGGCGGAGAGAGCUUCCGCGCUCAGAUGGAGGCGGCCAGACGGGCUGCGCUGGUCGUCGCGACGCCCGGACGGCUCCUCGACCUGAUGGGUGAGCAGGAGCGGAGGGAGACGGCACGGCCCUCCUCCUCCCCGCUCUCACUCUCGCGAGUCAGCUAUCCGCGCCUCGCCAGCCGCUAA